CUUGUUAAUGUCAAUUCCCAACACAAAAAUACAACGAACAUUCGAAAAGAAAAAAAAACGCUAAACACAUCUUGUUUGCUGAUCAUCUAGACCAAUUCGAGAUUUAAAGAAUACAAUUUUCACGAGUUUUCGCGACAUUAUGGUUGAUUAAAAGUUUAAGACCAUGGAUGCCAAUUUAAAAGGCUUCGUCUGGAAAAGAAAGAUAGGCGUUAAUGUGUCCAAAUCUGCCAGCUCAGCGUUUGAACUGGAAGCUAAGGCUGAAACCGACCCAGAGGUAGAAAAUGGAGAUGUAGAUUGGUUAACACUGGUGCCCAAUAAGAGGAAGAAUGUUAUUGGUCUGGAAGAUGGUAUUGCAAAAUCCCAUAGACUGGUCCAAGAAGGGACAGUGCUGGCAUCUUCUGAAAGGUACUGGGAAGCACUGAAGAAAUGGGACGAGGCAUUACAGUACACGCUUAUGGAUGAGAAAAUUCACGAAAUGAAAGCCCAGGCAUUGAUGGAGCUCUGUGAGAUAUACCCUGCAGUACAGGCAGCCAAGAAGGCAGUCCAGUUUGCACCAACAUGGUGGAUUGCACAUCAAACACUUGGUCGAGCAUUUCUUGGGCUUGGGGAAGUUAGAAUGGCUGUGAAUAGUUUUUCCCGAGCCGUGCACUUAAACCCGGAUGACAAGGAACUGUGGAAAGACGAUCUGUUGUGGGCGUAUUCGUUGUUGCAGAAACGAGAGCAGCUGGAGGGAGAGAAAGAAAAGCAAAAGGAAGAAAUGAAGGUUAAAGCAGGUGUCAGAAUAACUGAAAUUAAGGAAGGCAAUGACAUUAAUUCAGCUGAAGCAUGUGAUCUUGAUAAAGAAAGCUGUAAGACUGUUAGUGUUUGUAAAAAUGUUACAAAUAUACAAAAAAUUGAUGCUGGAGCAAGUGUUAAAAAGAUUCCAACAAAUUAUGUGCAAAUGAGGGAUCUACCGCCGUGAAAUGAUCAGUAAAAAAAAUCAAAAAAAUCAGAUUUGUUGUUUAGAUGUUGAUUGUUGAGUUUUGUGUUAGCUAUUAAAUGUUAUUUGUUGUAUUGAGGGUUUCUUUUCAGCAUGACAAUUGUGGGAUAUAAUAAACAGGGUACCGGUAAUACAUGGUUUGGAUGUGUUGAUAUGUUAAAGUUUUAGCAUAACUGUAAGAAAACUAUCAUGUUAUAAUUAAAAACACUUCGACCAACAUUGCCCACCAAUGUUCUUUCAUAAUUUCUUGUAUAUAGGACAUAUAAUUUUUCCACAAAAGCCAGGAAAAUCUUGGAGCCACCAUCAUAUUUAAAGCCAUUGGCUCGAGGUUGUUUGUAUAGAUGUAUAAAAUGGACUCUAUAAUAGAUAAGGGCUUAGAAUGUUAAAAUAAAGUAUAAACAAGAGCGCCGCAUGACGGAGCAAUAUACGCCCGAUUCGUGUGCCAUUGGAGAUGAUACACUGAUGAUUGAUGUAUUUGUUUUGGAAAUAAGCAAAAAAAACAACAACAACUUAUAUAACUGAUAUAUUCAUAUAUAUGCAUUGAUAUCAAUAAGUGUACAUGACCCAUAUU